GCUAAAAUCUCGUUUCCUCAGUGAUUGAAGUUGACUUUGCUCCGCAAGGUAACAUCUCAAAGACGUAGUCCAGAGUCCAGACUGGUCACGAGUUUAGUAGGAAGUGCUAUCAUUAUUGCUUUCAGUGGUUGACCGCAUCUGUUUUGUUUUGUGCGACUAAGCUGCUGGAAUCACAAUGUUGGCAGGGUGCCGUUUCCAGGCUGCGAAGGCUCUACGACCAGACUUGACACGAGCCAUCACAUACAGAGCAUCCACUUUCUACACGGACCUGUCCAAGAAUCAGGAACCUGGGGUGUCUACCUCCCCGGACAUUUCUCCAGAGCAGCGGGAAAUUCUGGAUAGCGCGCUGCGUGUGGACCAAGCUGGCGAAAUUGCGGCGAAUUGGAUUUAUCGAGGACAGUUCGCUGUCCUUGGCCACGACCCGCGAGUUGGGCCAUUGAUUCAGGAAAUGUGGGACCAGGAAAAACUGCAUCUGAAAGUGAUGGACAAAUUACAGCUACAACAUCAGGUACGGCCAACAGUGUUGUCCGACAUUGCAAAAGCUGCAGGUUUUGCGCUCGGGGCGGCGACCGCCCUCAUGGGCAAAGAAGCGGCCAUGGCUUGCACAGAGGCAGUAGAGACAGUCAUAGGGGAACAUUAUGAUGACCAACUGAAAGACUUCGAGUCGCUACCAUCAUCCCAUCCAAGCAUCCCACUUUUGAAGGAUGUCAUCAAGGAAUUUAGAGAUGACGAGUUGGAGCACUUGGACACUGCCGUCGAGCAUCACUCUCAGCGAGCUCCUGCGCAUGCACUACUCAGCGCGGUUGUUGGUGGUGGUUGCAAGGUAGCAAUAGAGUUGUGCAGGAGAUUCUGAACUACGUUAUUCUCGAUAGAAACCCAAA